AUGGAAUAUCGAACGCCGGUGGAAGAUCCAACGGUAGUGUCAAAACUUUCCAUGGUCAAGCACCGCCAACCGGAACUCAAAGUUGUGUCGGAGCCUCUUCUCACUCAUCAGCGGCUAAUUCUAACAGUCAAACUUCUCGACGUCUUCCUUCACUACUACGAAGCAAUGUUAGAUCGUUUGCUUGCAUUUCCAGGCCAACAAAAUCUUCCACUUCUGUCUCAGAAGCCUAUCAAAGGCAUUGAGACUCUCUGGUUUGACCGACACGGUGGGAAGCUGUCUCGAGCAAUUGCUGGAAUCUUUAGGAGGAAGUUUGAUGGGCUUUACUACAGUUGGAAGGUUACUCCACAACACAUUCAAGAGAGAUAUUACAGGACUUUUGCCAGGAAGUUUAAUUGGGAUUCUGGGAUUAAUGAGCUUGUUAGGGAAGGAUUUGAGAAGAUUGCCAAGAAACGAAUGAAAGGUAUUGUAAAUCAAGCAAAGCAGAGUGGUGAGGAAGAGCUUGGGCGUCCAGUUUUACUUGGUGAAGUAUUUAUGAGAACACAUACUCGGUCGUAUGGAUCUUUUGUGGAUCAGAAAGCAAAACAAGUUGCAGAGACUUAUGAGAAGACCCUAGAAGAGAGACUGUCACAACUUGAAGAGGAUGGUCCACAAAUUUCAGACAAUUCCUCUCAGCAAUCAAGUCAUCGAAUUCUCACCGUUGAUGAAAAGAAUGAAAUAUUUCUUCAGUAUACUCAAACAAAUGACAAAGGCAAUCAUUUUGGCCUUGGAUCCCUUGUGCAGACACUAAACAAAAGAAAGAGGAAAGAGAAUUAUGCGAGCUCUUCUACAUCAACUAUUGUGGAUCUUCAAGAACUUCGGCGCAAGAUUUUUAAACACGACGCUGAUAAUGCACGCCGUGAUGAAGAGCACCGCCAAUAUCAAAGUGAGAUCAGCAGCUUGAAGAAACUCCUCGUCUUCAUGAAACAAAAUGAUCCUAGCUUGGCAGCUUUCCUGGAAUGUCCAACUACUGACCCAGACCCAACCACACUUCCACCUACCAGACACUCAACUACUCCGCCUGCAGCCAUCAUUCCUCCAGGUACAACUGCUGCAGCCACAUGA